AGAUUGUCUCCAAGUCAUCAACGUGGUCACUACUCAUCAGCGCCACCUCUGCAGUUCACAUCCAACUCAGGAAGAUACAUUCCUUGAUGUAUGGUCAACGUGAAAAGGAAGAGAGAAGGGAGUGAGAUGACAAGGCUGGAUAUAGUGCAUGACGAUGCAUGAUCACGUUGUUCUUCAGCCUCCUCAUGAUGGGGAUCCAAUCAUCAUUCCUUUCUCAGAUGCGGAGUUCGUUAUUGGCAGAGGUAACUUGACUUUUCCUCAAGGCGUUGCCGUUGAGAAAUGCAGCCGUAAGCAAGCAGCUAUCUCUGCAAAGACCAGCGAAGACGGAACCCCCGAUGUCAAGAUUGCAUGUUUGGGGUUGAACCCUAUUUCUUUUGUUCGCUGUCAAGCAGUGAAUUUUGACGCAACCCUUCGGAAAAGCUUGCACCACUUGAAAAAAGGGGAGGAUAUAAAACUUUCAGAUGGCGACGCAUUCUUUCCUGGUGGAGUUGAUCUGCUUCUCACAGUGAGUGUAAGGAGGGGUAGAACAAGUGAAACAAGCGGAACGUCAAACUCAUCUGAUCUCGUAGAGGCGAGCUUCAGGGGUGUGAGGCAAAGUGGGGGUCGUGAUGCUGCAGUGGAAGUUUGCUCGCCUACUACCAAUGUGCAUGCAUCAGGCGUGCAGCUACCGUCCGAUGCAGGUCAGGGUGUGGAAGCGGAGAAGGAAGGACAUUCAUGUGAAGAAGACAGGGUGAUACCAACAAUAAGGGAGCCAUCAUUCGCAUGUGUGGGUGGCCAAGAAGGUGGAGCUGCAAAUUGUUCCAGGCCUGUCGAAGAGGAGGACAGGUUGGAAGAAAUAAAUGACCAGUCAAACAUAGUCAUGGAAGGCAAUCCAGAUGUUGAAGAAAGGGGUCGUCGAGAGUACCAGAUCGGCAAUGAUGGAGAGCCAUCCGUUGCUGGCGGCAGUUGUCAGCCAGCCCAAUCUUCAUGUUUGAAAGGCGUUGUGGCGAGUUUAACAGGCUAUAUCGGUCCAGAAAAAGAUCAUCUUGUGCAUCUUAUCAAGCAGAUGGGAGGGGUGCACACAGGGGAACUCUCCGUACGGAACACUCAUCUGGUCUGCUGGCACCAUAGAGGACUGAAGUUUGAUUUUGCAAUGAGAACUCGAGGGAUCCACAUUGUUAAUCAUGAAUGGCUGGAAGACAGCUUUAAUGCGCACACCAAGAUGCCAGAGAGUUUGUACUCGAUAAGUGGCGAGGAUGCCAAGGAUUGUUCAUGUUUGUCGGACGAUUCGUCUGCAAAGGAAGAGCUCUCUGUUUCACACACCGCGUUCAGAGAGAGGGAUGCAUCCUCUGCGCAGGGAAAACCUGUUCCUUCUGACAUGGAACAUAGGGAAACGGAUGAGGGCAUUGCAUGCAAGGAGGUAGAUGCUUCGGCUUCCACUUGGGAAGUGCACACUUGUGCUCAUUUGGGAAGCAAGCACAAAGAUGUUUCUACUUCAUUGUCAGGACACAUCAGGACGUCUUUUACGGGAGGUCGGAUGGAUACUAGAGGUUCAAGUAUGGAAAAGGGUGUGUCUUCUUCUCUCCCAGGAAAGUCCUGGCUGGACCAGGUCGAGUCCCGGAUUGAUGCCGCAAGGGAGGCCAGAGCGCAGAAGAGCAGGUGUUCUGAGAAGACGUCUUUUUCACGGGGCUUGCCCGCGUGCAUAUUAAAGAAGGGCCAACAGCAUCAUGGGAGGAGGGGUGGAGGUGUUACGCUUGGCUUGCACAAAAUGAAUAUGGUGAAGGAGAGGGAUGCGAUGGAUUACGAUGAUGAGCUGAAAGAAGGGAUGUGGCAAAGGAAAAACCAUCUUCUGAGAGAGGAAAAUGACUCGAUGCGUAGUGCCGGGCAGAACUGUAGUUCAAGGAGACAUGGAAAAUCUCCGGUUACCGGUAUCAGUACUAGUAGAGAAGCAGGGAAAACUGGUAGCAAGGGCUUCAAGGGUUCUAGCAGUCAUUGUAAAGAGUCCUCUGCCCCUGAGUAUUUGCAGAUAUCAAGCGAUGAUGAUGACAGUUCUGUAGUAAGGUCUCGGAACCAGGGGGGCUGUUUCAAGGUGCCAAACAGAGUUCACAGGGAGGGUGGUGGCCGCAGUGCCAGCUGUUCUGGUACUCAUAGUGAAGGGGGUUCUUCAAGAGGUGGUGAUGUGGGGGGCUUGUACGACACGGUAUCAUGCAGAAUAUCAGAAAGACUGUUUGCUCCGAUUGAGAACACACUAGACCAGGAACUAAGGUCGGGUGCAUCGACUGACACCUGCAAGACUGAGAAUGAAGCAAGGCCGCAUUGUAGACCGUUGAGGCGCCUUCGGAAAGUAUCGGAGAAGAAAGAAGCUCAAUGGAGGAAGCUGAAAGGACCAUAUAACCCCCCUAGAGAGUGGUGUCAAGAUGACUUCAGUUACCGCCACAUCAAGGGGACAGCCGAUCAGAAACAGGAACGUGGAGGAUCAGCUGAGUUUCCUCGAGUGCUUGUCAGCAAGUGUUUGGAAAGUAGCGAUGAUGAUAUAGAGGACGAUGAUGACGAUGAUGAGAAACUGUUGAUGCCGCAUGUACGAAUUAAUGGUAAUCAUCUGAGCUCGUCAAAGCUCUUUGUGCGCACGGCAGCUCACGUACCAUCACCUGUCAGUGGUUGCGUUGCGGGUCCAGCCACGUUACGUGUUGAGGACCGUGUUGGAGUCUCAUCUGGCUGUGACCAGCCGGGGGCUGCUGAAUGGUUGAAGAGCUCUCUCUUAGAUGGCAGUAGAGGACCCGGGAAGGGUUUUCAGAGUGAGUGCCAUAAUCCUUCUGUGGCGAGGAGCAACACAGAAGAGGCAUCCAUAGCAGAGUCUGCAAGGAAAAAUAAGGAACCAGCAUUUCCGGCAAGCGAUAGAGGGUAUUCCAGUGGUACCCCCCGGGCUGCGGCAAUGGCUGCCCAGAAUGUCCAGCCUGGCAUCACCGACAAGGGUGGGAGUGAAGGACAGACUGCUGUGGGGAGUGAUCGGGAUGGAGGUUUUGUAACUACAAAGGUGUUUGCAAAUGGGUGUAUGAUGCCGGCUUGUUCCAGCAACAACUUGGCUGGUCCUCCUUGUAAGGCUGGGCUCUGUGGCACUUUACAGGGUAACGAUGCAGGAACCACGACCAGAGGGUCACCUCUCGGCUUGGAUGUGGUUGAUGACAAGUGUCCCAGGGCUGAUACAAAAUGCAGCUUGCCUGCAAACCCGACCAGAGGAGCAGACCAGCGCGAUUCUCUUGGCAUUCGACUGGAUGUGAGAAGCUCGGAGUGCGAAGGCACAGUAGAAAACAGAAGCAGAUUACCAACAUCAGCUUCAGGAAGAGUGUCACCUGGUCGGGAGGCACAGGUGUUUGGGCCAGACUCGUCCUCCCAUCGUAAUGCCUUGGGACGAAGCCACUGGGGGGGUCUUGAUCCCCAUGCACCGACAUCCAGUCCGGAUCGUUCUCCUCAAGCUGCUCCACAUUGCCAGGUGUUUGGGCCGGACUCGGCCUCCCAUCGUAAUGCCUUGGGAGGGAUCCACUGUGGGGGUCUUCAUCACCAUGGUCUUGAUCCCCAUGCACCAACAUCCAGUCCGGAUCGUUCUCUUCAAGCUGCUCCACAUUGCCUCCAUAUCGGCGGAAGAGUUGAUUCAGAACACCGAUUUGCAGAGAGGAAGAGAAGUUUUCAGAAACCCCAUCAAUCAUCUGUUGCUAUGAACUGUGCAGGAACCUCUUCUCCCCCGACCGACGCUGGUUUCCUGCAAGGCACAUCAUGUAACGAAGACAUGCAUACGACAGUCAAUGAUUUAUGUACAGAGAGGAAGAGAUGGGUGUGCGAUGAGCACCAGAGGGUGUCUCAUCACGUGGCUGACGGGGAUAAUCUGAAUGCCAUGCCUGAUGCUGUGCGAGCCGAGGACAGAUCUCCGCCAUUAGCCUCCAAGCAACCACAGAAGGAAGAGGCUCAUAAGCGAUCCUCGGAUGGUAGAGGUAUCACUGAAACUUCUCAUUGCUUUCCGUACAGGGAUCGCGUGAUGAGUGGUCCGGACACUCUGGCUGAUGAACAAAUGUCUCAGUUGGGGAACUGCAAGCGACUAGGUCAGGAAGAUGCUGAGAAGUCUUCUUAUUUUGUUCCCCCCCGGGCAGCUUCCCAUUGCUUGCCUGAGGGGGUUUCUGAGUCGAGCAUUCCGGCUGCUGUGCUGGUUGAGUGCGGAGUUCAGCCAAUAACGGACUCUGAGCAAGGUGGCCAGCAAGAGCCUGUAGUCUCUUCUUCUGUUGUUCAAAGGCCAAACGCUUCUACUGCGCCUUCAACAUCAGGCCACGUCAACCGAAACGCAGGGACUCCAGGGCGAAUUAGUGGUGGCCAUAACGAUUUGCAAAGGGGUUUGUACAGUUACUUCACUGCAGUGAAGAGGGGGUCAUCGUGCAACGACUUUGCUCAGACCCAAUGCACAGAGGCGAUGAGCACAGAUCAGGCGGUGUGUGAGUGCUGGGCAACAGAAUCUGGUGCGAAUAAAACUGUCACAUCACCUGACGCUGGUUCGAACCAAUCUGGUGGUGCAAAUGCCGUUACAUCUCCUGGUGCUGGGUCGCCUGUCAGCCCUAGUGGAGGGUAUCAAUGUAUCAUCUGCUUAUCGUCGCCGAACGAGGUCACGGACAAGGGAAUUCUUGCUUGCUCACAUGCUUUCUGCUUCAUGUGCAUAUGCAAAUGGGCGGAGACGCUGGAGAGGCCUUUUUGUCCCGUAUGCCGAGCUGAGUUCGACACAAUCACAAAGAAAAGACUUCAGUCCGAAGAAGGCACUGUCACAGCUGCGCCGAAGCGGCAGAAGACACAUACAGAAAAUUUGGUGGAACAGGUCUGCAAUAUCUGCAACCAAGGAGAUCAAGAUGCGCUUCUACUUCUGUGUGAUAGAUGUGAUCAGGGCGCUGCACAUACAUUUUGCUUAGACCCACCUCUUCCAGCUGUGCCUCCUGGCGAAUGGAUAUGCGAUCGAUGCAUGCAAUGGGGAAGCUUAAGGCCAGAUGGGCUGGGACCGUACAUGCAGGCAGCUCAGGGAGGCCGGAGAGUGAUGCGGACAAGGAGGGGACGAGCUGCUCGGAAUGCCAGCUACACUGAUGUCUUUCGCGGCACACAAAGGAGGGCAGGGGGGCAGAAUGGCACUUCUCUCACUACUCCUCAGCCGGUUGGUGGGAUCGAUGCAGGAUUUGCGAAAACAAUGCUUCAGAGUUCUGGGCCAUCAUCUUCAAGCGGUGGCGGUCACACUUCUGGAACGUCGACUUCGAACCGGACCGGACGCCAAGUCGCACGAAAUGGAAUGCUAAGCACGCGGUUUGGCAGCCUGGAGAGCUACUGGCAUCGAACCCUGGGUGGGCACCAAGGACAACGGACUGGAGCGGCUGAGGAGGAGUGUGAGCCAGAGCAAACCGAGCGCAGCAACCUUGUUUGAUGCGGCUUAUCAUCUGCUCAAUGAAGACGAGGCUGUCAACAGCUAGCAAGGACAAAAACAACUGGUACAUGUGAAGCAGGCAAGAUCUGCCGAGGGAUUACCUGUUCGUACCAAUUCCGAUAUCUGCAGCUGGUGUAAGAAAACGUAUGGCGAUUCUUUCUGCGAGUGUGAAGGCAAUGUUCCAAUUCAACAAGCGCCGAUGUGUAUGCUGUGUGCGGAGCUGAGUUCUUCACGAGUCCCAACAUUUACUGAGGUAUGCACGCACUAGCUGCUGUGGUAUGAUGCUCCUUUUGUUUCCUUUCUCUAAGCAUGGUAGAAUCGGGCGAAAAGACCCAAAUCAAGGUGGUGCUGUAGA